AUGAACGGUCUUCGAAAGAUCAAUAGUUUUAUUCGAGCCAGAAAAUAUAAACGAAAAGCUCGAAAAUGUGUUUACAUUUAUACACCACUACCUAGUAACAAGUUUGGAUACAUAAUAGAAUAUAGGCGACCGGAGUUUAGUGAAAUAUUCUAUUAUAAAUAUAAGAAAAAUGCCGAUAACACUUUGACCAAAUACGGAUACUUGGUUUCUGACCCUGGUAUAAGUUUUGGUCACAAAAAUAGUAAUCGUAUCGAGAAUAAUGAAAAUAAAGGACUUUGGACAGAUAAAGAUAAAGAUUGCAUAUUUUAUCAAACCUUUGCCGAUAAAACACAAAUCGAACUUGAAUAUCGUUGGAUGAACGAAAUAAGAAAUAAAGUUUUAGAAAAAUUUGAUAGUAAUUGUGUUGAUAAUAACAUGAACUUGUCUACUCAAGAUCCUGAAAGUAAAGAUCAUCAACGUCCUCAAUUAAAGACUGUGGAUCUACCUAUAUCUCAAUCAAAAACUUCAGAUGAUAAACAAUCUUCUAAUGCUGAUGAGUUUUCACCUCCAAUUACUCCAAUAACUCCACCAUCUUCUCCAAGUGAAAUGUACUCUACUGGGAAGCAAAAUUGUUUAUUAAAUAUGAAUAUAAAACAACGUCAUAAAAGAAUAGCAUCCAAAGAUAGUGCAAAAAGCAUUUCUUCAAAAAAUAGUCAAACUACUACUACUGCCAUUAAACCUCGAAAACUUGUUCAUUUAACACAUCCUAAGUUCAGUAGAAAUCCCCCUAUGGUACAUACAUUUGACCCUGAAGAUUCUUUGAUUUUUAAAAAUUGCAAAUGUGAACAUUGUAUUAUUGGUCAAUAUAAUGAAUAA